UUAUAUGUGUGUUGCCGCAUAGUAACUGGAAGAAAUCCUAGUGCAAAGAAAUGUCUCUGUUAGAGUGCUCUGCGAGACAGAGCCAGAUGUGAAUGUGAAUAAUGGGGGCUGUGUUCACUGGGGCUGAAAAGCCAGUGCCGGAGUUGGAUUAAUGAGCCGCCGCAGUGACAAGGGGGGGGGGGGCUCUUUGUCCAGGAAGUGGGAACCAGGAAGUGGUAAAACAAACCGAAGCCGCUUGAAGAGAGCUGAGGAGAAAAAGAGACUGUGAGUGAAACCAUUUGAGUGCCUGGAACUGCCUAAUAGAAUUAUUAACUGUUUCUUUGCAAAUGUACAGUCUCUAACACUGUCUAAUGCAUAAUGGCAGCCUCCCCAGGGGCAGAAGCAGGAAUGUUAGUGAUAAAGGUAAAGGAAGAAGCUCCUGACUGUGCAGAUCAUGUGACCCCAAUGGGAAGCUCAGCAGCGCCACCUACUGAUGGGGGUUCCCCAGAAGCAGAAAUGUUACAGAUAAAGAAAGAAGAACCGGACCCUGAGGACCAUCAGACCCCAAUGGAAAGCUCAGCAGCGCCACUUACUGAUGGGGACAAUGAAAAGUUACAGAGCUCUGGUGCCCAGAAGCUACAGACCAACAUGGAGCCCAGUACCAGUUCUGAUAAUUGUGCCACUAUCUCUCCCCCAUCAGACUGUGCCAAUUGUGGCCAAAGCAGUGAUCUCCUGGCCCACACCUGUACUCAGCCUGGGAAUGUUACCGACAGCCAGACACGCAGGGAACCAAAGAAGAAGGGAUUUAGCUGCUCAGAGUGUGGGAAGUGUUUCAAAUAUAGAAAAUAUUUGCACCAACAUCAGAUGGUCCAUUUAAAGCUGAAGCCCUUCCCAUGUACAGAAUGUGGAAAGGGCUUCAGAUUUAAAUCAAGUUUACAUAAACACCAGAUGACUCACACAGGGGAGAAACCCUUCACUUGCACAGAAUGUGGGAAGGGUCUGAGCUAUAGAUCUGAUUUAUGGAGCCAUCAUCUGGUCCAUACAGGGGAGAAACCAUUCACGUGUACAGAAUGUGGGAAGGCGUUCGGCAAUAAACUACAUUUAAAGAGACAUGAAAUGAUCCACACGGGGGAAAAACCCUUCACAUGUACAGAAUGCGGGAAGGGCUUCCAAAACAAUUCUAUUUUACAGCAACACCGUAUGGUCCAUGCAGGGGUGAAACCAUUCACCUGUAGGGAAUGUGGGAAAGGCUUCAGCAAUAAACCCAACUUACAGAAACACCAGAUGAUCCAUACGGAGCUGAAGCCAUUCACAUGUACUGAAUGUGGCAGGGGCUUCAGCUUCAAAUCCAGCUUACAGAGACAUCGUAUGGUCCAUACAGGGGAGAAACCAUUCACAUGCACCGAGUGCGGGAAGGGAUUCAGAAAUAAACCUCGUUUACAGAGUCACCAGAAGAUCCACACGGGGGAGAAACCCUUCACCUGCACGGAGUGUGGGAAAGGCUUUGCUUCCAGGGGCAGCCUAAUGAGGCAUCACAGGACUCACACAGGGGAGAAGCCUUUUACAUGUGCAGAAUGCGGAGUGGCCUUUGUGAGAAGCCAUAGUCUUAUCAACCACUAUAAAAGCCGCAGGAACAAUUGUGUUGGCCCCGGGCCCCAAGCGUAGAAUGUGAUGCAAAACGUCUACUCCAUAGAACUGGUUAUAUUUAUCCCAGACUGGGGCCCCCCAGCUCAGUGGAGUUUGUACUCAUUUAAUGUUCAAAUGUAAAUGUCCUUACAACCUGUAUGAGAAAUAAAUGCAAUGUCUUUUGAUAA